GGGGCCCCAGGGGAUGCUUUGGUGUGUGCGGGUCGGGAGGAGCCGGUUCAGCUCUUUGGGAACUGCCCGGGGGGCUGCCGGCCGGAGCCCCCUGAGGAUGGGGCUCCCCCCGAGCACGGGGCAACCGCAGCCACCGGUGGGACCAGGUCAGCUGCGGAAAGGUUUCCUCAUUGCUCCUAUCUCCAAAGCAGCUGUGCCUCGUUCCCAGAGGCCCUGCCUGGGCAAGCCCGGCUCAGCACAGCACCAGGAGAGGCCGCACGGGAGGACGAGCCCGGCCAGGAACAGGACAGAGCACAGCCCCGGGAGAGUUUGCAGCCUGGCUCGUGGUUUCCCCUGGUGCUGGUGGAGUGGAGGUGAGUUGUGCUUCCUGCUGGGAGAGAGAAGGGCCUGGGGAAGCUGCUCCAUGAACCACAGCUGUGCCGAGCCUGGGAGAUUGUCCAGCAGGAUGUCGAGUGCCACCGUGUCCCUGAGGUCACCCUUUCUGCUGUUGGGAGAGCACGAGGUGGAUGGAGAGGAUCCCCAGGCAUCUGCAGGCACAAGGGACUCGUACAACUGCAAUUUUCCUACAGCCCUCGUGAGAGGGACUUUGAGGGUACCGUGGGGAAUAACUCCUGUCAGCAGUAUGGUCCCGACUGAAGUGGCAGCUGCAGUUGUUCCUGUUGUGUGGGCCAGUGGAAUUCUGAGAAAAUGGACAAGGGCAGAACCUCUAAGAUUUACCCCUAAGCCAGAGUCUAUACUGUGUCCCAGUGUCCCUGCUUGGCUGUUUGUUGCCCUGCAGGCAGAAGAGCCCAGGCCUGAGAUGGCUCAGUGUUGCUGUGACCCACAGUGGGUGUCCCCUGCCCUCGGGACAGUCCCCAGAGCUCCCUUUGGCAUCCCCUGCUGAAGGGUGGGAGCUGCCCAGAGCCAGCAGCAUCCAGCUGGAGGAUCCAGGAGGAUGCAACUCAUGUUUCCCAGAGGUAAGAGG